GUGACUUGAUUUUAUUCAAUCAUAGCAGACAGGACCAUCCCGGAGCGUGUGAACUGCGCCUAGAGGCCAUCCGGGAAAGGGCCAUUGUUAUAGCGCACGAGCACCGGCAGGGGGCGUGGUCUGGAGCUCUUAUAUGGAGUGAUCCCCGUUGUUGGCUCUUAUCCUGAGAAUAUGUCUGAGCAGCUAGAGAAGGAGACUGGCGUCCUGCUGGAGGACUACUUCCAGCGCUGCCUGGGCCAGGUGCCCCCCCAGCCCACGCACCCCGCUGCCGAAGCCCUAUGGCGGGUGGCGCAGGAGGUUCAGCUCGGGAACAGCGCCUUAUUCCGGUCGUGCGAGGAAUUGGACGUGGAGCCCUGCACUAUCCUGGAGCGUGUGGCCCCUGAGGUGGCCCUGGAUGGGGGACUGAACUGGGGGCGGGUGGUCGUGCUCAUCGCGUUCGCUGGGACCCUGGUACAGAGGCACAAAAGACGCAAAGCGGGGACCCCCCGGGAGCUGGCGGGGGUGCUGAGCCGAUUCCUGGGCAGAGAGCAUGGUGACUGGCUGCAGAGGAGCGGAGGCUGGGAGGGUUUUCAAAACUUCAGCAACAAAGGCAACCAAAGAGGACAAGAGAACAGUCAUUUUUCCAGUGCCCUGAUGGCCGCGGCCGGAGUUGGACUUGCUGGAUUAGUUUUUCUUCUGGCAGUAAGAUGAACUUUGGAAUCAGGAAAUAGACUUCUUUUUGGCCCAUGAGAUCAUCUGAAGCUUUGGCUCCGCCAUUGAUACCAAAGACCUAAUAUAAAGGACAGCAGCUGGCGCUUUGUCUUUACUAUUGUUGCAUUGUAAAUGCACAGAUACGUGACCACCAAGUAACUACAUAGCACUUUUUGCCAUUAAAAGGAUUGGAAUUCCUUUGUAGACCUACAGAACGGAGUUGUUAUUAAAGUUGUAGUGAUUGGUAACGGAAGAAAACCCUACAGAAGGGUGAAAAUCAAUUAUGUAAUUUCAUUACGAAGUAAACUGUUCUGGAAUUCGCAGAUCGAGCACUUUUGCGUAGAUUUUACAAGUAAAUUCUAUUUAUUUAGGGGGAUAUGUUAUUUUAAAAUCUUUCAGUAUUUAGGUACGCUGUUACAAUAAAGUACAGACCAUUGUAAAUCCUACAUUGUAGUUUACAUCACCUUCAGUGUUGGAUUCUUGGAUGCUUCCCCAGUGUCCAUAUAAGCUGGGACUACAAAUAACAUCCAGCAUGUGUGUCAAGGUCAUAGGCCUCAUGAUGUAGUCAGUAGAGAUGAGCGAACUUACAGUAAAUUCGAUUCGUCACGAACUUCUCGGCUUGGCAGUUGAUGACUUUUCCUGCUUAAAUU